AUGACCCUAGUCUCAUAUGAUCCCAGUUGGUGGCCGUCCAUCUAUUCGUAUCGUAUUUCCAGCUAUUUUGUAGUUGCCGGCUCCGCUGGGGUGAUGUAUGAUUGGGUCCUAACGUUCGGGCAAGAGGUUGAACUGGUCUGGAGACAACCCUGGUCCCUUUUCACCGUCUUGUAUCUCAGUGUGCGCUAUCUUGGAAUAUCAUAUGCCGUCAUAAAUAUGCUGAGUACUUGUGUCUCCUCAUAUACACUGCGUUUUUUUAUAUUAGCGAUAUGUAGUUUGGGUUCCAACGAUCUCAAUGACAGAUGCAGGGUGAGUGGGAUUCUCGGCCAUAUUGUUGGUCUAAUUAAUGACUGCCACAGCUGCUUUAUUCUGAACUUCGCAGAAAAUUGGAUAGGUGUCGUUAUAUAUGGAGCAUUGGGUGUCAUCCUGAUUGCUCGAUUACACGCUAUGUAUCAACGAUCUAGAAAGGUGCUGAUAUUUCUCAUCGUCAUCCUCCUUGCUGUCAACAUUUUCGACGGAGUGGUUGUUGCGAUAUCAGUGAGGAAGAAUUCAUGGGAGGAACUGAUUCUCUCCGGCACCUCUCAAUGUACUGUUGGCUUCGAUGAUUUAUUCCUGCAUUCCAUGACUUGGAUAUUCACCGCUAUAUGGGAGGUGCUCGCAUUGAUUUUCGCAGUGUGGGUCGCUGUAAAACACUUCUAUGAAUUGCGACAACAUUCGGCGAGAGGACUUAUCAAGGACACCUUCACGGUGUUGAUGAAAACUCACAUGGUUUACUUCACAAGCGUUGUUAUUGUUUCGUGCUUCGAUCUCGGUUAUUUUUUUUCGACGAUGUCAGCGGAUACGACUGCCCUGGGAACUCAAAUUUACUUUGGUUUGCUUGACAUCUUCCAACUUGUGCGGAUGUUUGUACUAGGACCACGUUUGAUUCUUGGCGUUCGAGAAUAUAAGGCUAAGCUCGUGGCCGGCUCCCAUGUGGUAACCGGCAUGACUUCAAUUGCUUUCGAGGAGCGCGUGCAUGUGUCGACUAGCAGUAGUGUGUAG